UCAUUCCUUUGCACGAUAAUGGAUAAGUUCAAAGGUCAACCUCGUCUCCCUAAGUUCGCCGUCCCAAAACGAUACGAUCUCCGUCUCAUUCCCGAUCUCAUCGUCUGUACUUUCACCGGAACAGUCUCCAUCGACGUAGAUAUUGUCGCAGAUACUCGCUUCAUCGUUCUCAACGCAGCUGAUAUCUCAGUCAAUGAUGAUUCCGUCUCCUUCACGCCUCUUACCUCCUCUAAGGCCCUUGCAGCUUCCAAAGUUGUCCUGUUUGAGGAGGAUGAGAUUCUGGUGCUCGAAUUUACCGAGAUUCUUCCCCAUGGAGUUGGAGUUCUACAACUUGGGUUCAGUGGUAUACUCAAUGACAAACUGAAGGGAUUUUACAAAAGUACCUAUGAACAUAACGGUGAGAAGAAGAAUAUGGCAGUUACUCAGUUUGAACCAGCUGAUGCUAGGAAAUGCUUCCCAUGCUGGGAUGAACCUGCUUGCAAGGCUACCUUCAAGAUCACACUAGAGGUACCGGCUGAAUUAGUGGCUCUCUCUAAUAUGCCCAUCGUGGACGAGAAAGUUGAUGGGAAUGUGAAGGUUGUAUCUUAUCAAGAGUCACCAAUUAUGUCUACAUAUUUGGUAGCGAUUGUUGUCGGUUUGUUUGACUACGUGGAAGAUCAUACAUCCGAUGGGAUCAAAGUGAGAGUGUACUGUCAAGUGGGCAAAGCUGACCAAGGGAAAUUUGCAUUGCAUGUUGGUGCAAAAACUUUGGAUCUGUUCAAAGAGUACUUUGCUGUGCCAUAUCCUCUUCCCAAAAUGGAUAUGAUUGCGAUACCGGAUUUUGCUGCUGGAGCUAUGGAGAAUUAUGGUUUAGUAACAUACCGUGAAACUGUUCUUCUCUAUGAUGAGCAACAUUCAGCAGCUUCUAACAAACAGAGAGUUGCAAUUGUAGUUGCCCAUGAACUGGCCCACCAGUGGUUUGGUAAUCUUGUCACUAUGGAGUGGUGGACUCAUCUAUGGCUGAAUGAGGGUUUUGCUACUUGGGUCAGCUACUUGGCUAUUGAUAGUUUGUUCCCUGAAUGGAAAAUUUGGACUCAGUUUCUAGACGAAUCUACUGAUGGUCUAAGGCUAGAUGGGCUUGAGGAGUCUCACCCCAUAGAGGUGGAGGUUAAUCACGUUGCUGAAAUUGACGAAAUAUUUGACGCAAUAAGCUACAUGAAGGGUGCAUCUGUCAUCCGCAUGCUACAAAGCUAUCUUGGUGCUGAAGUUUUUCAGAAGUCGCUUGCUGCAUACGUAAAAAAUCACGCUUACUCAAACGCAAAGACAGAAGACCUCUGGUCUGCUUUGGAAGCAGAAUCAGGAGAACCUGUGAACAAGCUCAUGAGUUUUUGGACAAAACAAACAGGAUAUCCUGUUGUCUCAGCCAAAAUCACAGAUGGAAAAUUGGAACUUGAGCAGUCUCGUUUCCUGUCAAGCGGUUCUCCUGUGGAAGGACAAUGGAUAGUGCCUGUAACUUUGUGCUGUGGUUCAUAUGACAUGCGCAAAAACUUCUUGUUGGAAUCCAAAUCUGGAGUAUAUGAUCUAAAGGAGUUAUUGGGCUCCUCCAUCGGUGAUGGUAGUGGUACGUGGAUAAAAAUCAAUGUCGAUCAGGCUGGAUUCUACAGGGUGAAAUAUGAUGACACCCUUGCCGCUGGACUCAGAAAGGCAACAGAGAACCAAAGCUUGACCUCUAUUGAUAGAUAUGGUAUUUUGGAUGAUUCUUUCGCACUUUCUAUGGCUCGUCAGCAAUCUUUGGCUUCUUUGCUCACUUUGAUUAGUGCUUACAAGAAGGAACUUGACUAUACUGUGAUGUCAAACCUCAUUGUUAUAAGCUACAAACUUGUGAAGAUUGCAGCAGAUGCAAAUCUAGAACUGAUGUCUGAGAUUAAACAACUUUUCGUUGGUGUUUUCCAAUUUGCUGCAGGGAAACUAGGUUGGGACCCAAAACAAGGGGAGAGCCAUCUAGAUGCUAUGCUGAGAGGGGAAGUUCUAACUGCACUUGCUGUGUUUGGGCAUGAUGAGACACGGAAGGAAGCAACUCGGAGAUUUGAUGCAUUCUUAGCUGAUAGGAACACUUCACUUCUGCCUCCUGACCUUAGAAGAGCUGCUUAUGUUGCUGUAAUGCAGAGAGCCAACAAGUCAGACAAGUCUGGUUAUGAGUCUCUUCUGAGAGUUUAUAGGGAAACAGAAAUGAGCGAGGAGAAAACAAGAAUCCUAGGUUCUUUAGCAUGUUGCCCUGACCCCAGUAUAGUUCAAGAUGUUCUUAACUUUGUAUUGUCUGAUGAGGUCCGUAAUCAAGAUGCACUUUAUGGGCUCUACGGUGUAAGUUGGGAAGGACGUGAAGGAGCCUGGAAAUGGCUACAGGAGAAGUGGGAGUACGUUGAGGAGACAUGGGGUUCUGGAUUUCUCAUAACACGCUUCAUAAGUGCAGUUGUAUCACCGUUUGCGUCGUUUGAGAAAGCGAAAGAAGUGGAGGAGUUUUUUGCAAUGAGAUCAAAGCCUUCGAUGGCAAGAACCUUGAAGCAGAGCAUUGAAAGGGUUCAUAUUAAUGCUAAUUGGGUGGAGAGUAUCAGGAAGGAAGACAAUCUCACUCAGCUAGUUGCUCACCUCUCUUCAAACUAAAAGUUUUUACUCUUUUAAUGUUGGGUUAUCUCCCUGAGUUAACUAAAAAACAUGUUUGCGCUAUGCAAACCUUUUUGUUGUUUCUUCUUCUCAACACAGAAUCUGAAGUUUCUUUCAAACUUUGAAUUUGCCAUCAACAAAGUUUCCCUUCUCUAUGUACAGUUUUAAGGAUG